AUGACAGAAUGCGCUGGAAACCUUCCUCGCCCCGCACCGUCGUUGCCCGAAGCGCUGGCGUCUCAGCCUGGCGACGGUGGUCGCCAGGCUCCUGUACUAUCGGCGCCUCUUCCCGUCGCGCCGCCUGUCCCUCUCGGUGUGCCAACUGCUGCGUCUGCUCCGCUUGGCGCUCUUCAAGCUGCCGACCCCGCCGCUCCGUCUGCGGCCGCCGAGCGGGCGAUUGUUGAUGGCGGCGUGCCGGCCCAGUCGGUGGGGUCCGCCACCACUGACGUCCUGGGCCAGCCGGCGCCACCCGCCGCUCCAGCUCCCCCGUCUGCACCGUUUCCGGCGCUUGUGCCUCCCCUGCCUGUGCUGGCGGGGUUUGCUCCUGCUCCGCCCGUGGCUGCGCCUCCCGCGCCUCCUGAGGCUGUACCUCUUGCACCGCCCGUGGCUGCUCCUCUCGCGCCGCCUGAAACUGCUCCCCUUGCGCCGCCAGUGGCUGCUCCGCCUGCGGCGGGUCUGUCCGCGCCGCCCGUGGCCCUGCCGUGGGUACCCCCUGUUGCGGGGGUUGAGUUUUUGACCGCGGCGGGGGGGCCCGUGACUGUGCAAUAUCCGUCCCUGCUGCCUGUGGAACCCCCUCCCCCGUCCGUAGGUGCGGCGCACCCGUUCCAGGCGCUGCUGGGGCCUCAGCGCACGGUUGCGGGCGACUCACUGGUGGGCGGCCCUCGGGACGAUUGUCUCGCGGCGGCUGAUCGUCUCGCCGAGCUGUUGGCGCCCGUAUUGGCUGCGCCCGCGCGGGGUGGGCUUGCGGGGGUCGGGCCGCUGGGUUCGGCCGUGCGUGGGCUGUUGCAUGCAGGGACUGGAUCCGGGGCGAUCGCCGCAGGCACGGUGCUUGUGCGAGAGCUGCAUCGCACGAUGUCGGGGCUGCUUGCUGUGUAUGACGCGGAUCAGAUGUAG